AUGCCGGAAAGCGAGGGUAUUUUGAUUCCGGGAAGCGAGGUUAGUAUUCCGGAGGACGCUCACGACGUCGUUGAGAACACUGGCGACAUUCCUUCGAGCCAAUUGACUCGGAGGUCUGUGGUCCCUAACUCUAGGAGUGCAAAUGUGCUGUCAGUGCAGGCUCAGAGGAUUGAGAAGGAGUGUAGCGUGUUAAUCGGGGAGCAUACUCUUCUACAUGAGCCCUUCCCGCCUGCAGCAAGACUUUCGGUACUGGUAGUGAGCAUGUGGGCAACUGCUAGUCGCCGGGUGGGGUGUAGAGUAGACCUUGAUGAGGUCGUUAUUAAACAGGUCAGAAGUCUGCACUCCCGUGUCCGUUCCCACUUGAUGCACGAGGUGAAAGGGCGCCUGGCGGACUCUACGAUAUACGGGCUUGGAAAUUUUGUGGGGCCUGAGGCGAGGGCGGCUCAAGUGGAAUACCUUUUGAAGAAUGAUCGUUUCUUGAGCCCCCAACAGCAUUACGAGGUAUGA